AUGCAUGGAGAUAAGUCUCUAAGGUUUCCUCAAAACUUUUAUGAAGGAAUGGAAAAACUUCAGGUUAUAUCAUACGAUAAAAUGAAGUAUCCAUUGCUUCCCUCAUCAUCUCAAUGCUCAACCAACCUCCGAGUGCUUCACCUCCAUGGAUGUUCAAUACAAAUGUUUGAUUUCUCUUGUAUCGGAAAUCUGUUAAACCUGGAAGUGCUCAGCUUUGCUGAUUCUUGCAUCCAAAUGUUACCUUCCACAAUCGGAAAUCUGAAGAAGUUAAGGGUACUUGAUCUGAGAGGUAGUGACGAUCUUCGUAUAGAACAGGGUAUCUUGAAAAACUUAGUCAAACUGGAAGAGCUGUAUAUGGGAUUUUAUGAUGAAUUUGGACAUCGAGGUAAGGGUAUAUACAACAUGACAGAUGAUAACUACAAUGAAAUAGCAGAACGUUCAAAAGGUCUUUCUGCAUUAGAAAUUGAGUUCUUUCGAAACAAUGCCCAACCAAAGAAUAUGUCGUUUGAAAAACUUGAGAAAUUCAAGAUCUCAGUGGGACGACGUUAUUUAUAUGGAGAUUACAUGAAGCACAUGUACGCUGUCCAAAACACAUUGAAGUUGGUUACUAAGAAAGGUGAAUUAUUGGACUCUAGACUGAACGAGUUGUUUGUGAAAACGGAGAUGCUUUGUUUAAGUGUUGAUGAUAUGAAUGAUCUUGGUGAUCUUGAUGUGAAGUCCUCACGUUUUCCUCAACCCUCCUCAUUCAAAAUUCUAAGAGUCCUUGUCGUUUCCAAGUGUGCUGAAUUGAGAUACCUUUUCACAAUUGGUGUAGCCAAAGAUUUGUCAAAUCUAGAGCAUCUUGAAGUUGAUUCAUGUGAUAAUAUGGAAGAACUCAUCUGUAGUGAGAAUGCUGGAAAAAAGACAAUUACAUUCUUAAAGCUGAAAGUUUUAUGUUUGUUUGGGCUACCAAAGCUAUCGGGUUUGUGCCAUAAUGUGAACAGAAUUGAGUUAUUACAACUCGUGGAGUUGAAACUUAGCAGAAUUGGAAAUGUCACAAGCAUUUAUCCCAAGAAUAAGCUGGAAACAUCCUGUUUUUUGAAGGCAGAGGUUCUAGUUCCUAAGUUGGAGAAAUUGUCUAUUAUUCAUAUGGAUAAUUUGAAGGAGAUAUGGCCUUGUGACUUUAGGACGAGUGAUGAAGUUAAUCUGAGAGAGAUUUAUGUGAAUAGUUGCGAUAAACUUAUGAAUUUGUUUCCGUGCAAUCCCAUGCCUCUGCUACAUCAUCUUCAAGAGCUUCAAGUCAAGUGGUGUGGUUCCAUUGAAGUCUUAUGCAACAUCGAUUUGGAUUGUGCUGGUGAAAUUGGAGAAGAAGGCAUCAAAACCAACUUGAGAAGCGUUGAAGUAGACUGUUUAGGGAAGCUAAGAGAGGUGUGGAGGAUAAAAGGUGAUCAAGUUAACUCUGGUGUCAACAUCUGUAGCUUUCAAGCUGUUGAAAAAAUAUUGGUUAAAGAAUGUAAGAGGUUCGGAAAUGUAUUCACACCUACCGGCGCCAAUUUUGAUCUGGGGGCACUUAUGGACAUUUCGAUCGAAGAUUGCGGAGGAGAAAGAGGGAUAUUCAAUGAAUCGGAAAAGAGUAGCCAAGAGGAAAAGCAAGAGAUUGGUAUUUCAUUCCUAUCGUGUCUCAUACACUCUUCCCAUAACCUCCACAAACUCAAAUUGAUGAAAUGUCAAGGAGUGGAUGUGGUGUUUGAGAUAGAUCGUCCAACAAGUAAAGAAUUGGUAACAACUCACCAUAAUCAACAAACAAUACUUCCCUACCUUGAGGAUCUAUAUCUUCGUUAUAUGAACAACAUGAGUCAUGUGUGGAAGUGCAACGGGAAUAAAUUCGUCACUCUUCCAAAAGAACAAUCAGAAUCCCCAUUCUACAACCUCUCAACCAUAUACAUGUAUGGGUGCAGAAGCAUUAAGUACUUGUUUUCACCACUCAUGGCAAAACUUCUUUCCAACCUAAAGAAAGUCCAUAUAGAGUUUUGUGAUGGUAUUGAAGAAGUUGUUUCAAACGGAGAUGAUAAGGACGAAGAAAUGACUAUAUUUACCAACACAAGCACCAUCUGUUUCCCUCAUCUUGAUUCUCUCCAUCUUAGUAGCUUAAAAACUCUCAAGCAUAUUGGUGGUGGUGGUGGUGCGAAAUUUCGAAACAAUGAAUUAUCUUUUGACAAUACCAUUAUAACUACCACCCUUGAUCAAUCUAAGCUGUCUUCUGAAGCAGUUGGAGUUUUUUGGAGCUUAUGCCAAUACUCUAGAGAGAUAGAAAUAUCACGGUGUAAUGCAUUGUCAAGUGUGAUUCCAUGUUAUGCAGCAGGACAAAGGCAAAAGCUUCGACUGCUGAAAAUAAAGUUUUGCAAUGGGAGGAAGGAGGUAUUUGAAACUCAAGAGACGAGCAGCAACAAAAGUGGUUGUGAUGAAGGUAAAGGUGGUACACCAACACCAGCAAUUCCAAGAAUAAAUGAUGCUAUUAUCCCUAAACUUCCAUACCUAAAGAUAUUGGAAAUCGUAAGUUGUGAGGGUUUGGAACAUAUAUUCACAUUCUCUGCACUUGAAAGCCUCAGACAUCUCAAAAAGUUAAAGAUAUGGAAUUGCAAGGCAAUGAAAGUGAUUGUGAAGAGGGAAGAAGAUGUAUCACCAUCAUCAUCAAAGAAGGUUGUGGUCUUUCCUCGUCUGAAAUCUAUUGUACUAAAAGCUCUACCAGAGCUGGUGGGUUUCUUCUUGGGGAUGAAUGAGUUCCGGUGGCCAUUAUUGGAUGAUGUUGUGAUCGAGAAAUGCCCACAAAUGAUAGUGUUUGCAUCUGGUGGGUCCACAGCUCCCAAACUCAAGUCUAUAAAAACAACCUUUGGUAUAUAUAGUGUUGAUCAACAUGGACUGAACUUUCAGACCACAUUCCCUCCUACUUCAGAAAGGACACCUUGGUCUUUUCAUAAGUUGAUUGAAUUAGAUGUGAAACAUAGUCAUGAUGUUAAAAAGAUUAUUCCAUCCAGUGAGUUGCUGCAACAGCAAAAGCUGGAAAAGAUUCGUGUGAGUGGUUGUAAGAUGGUAGAGGAGGUAUUUGAAGGCAUUGGAAGAAUCAAGGAGAAAUAUAAAUAG